AUGGGUUUGAUGGGUUUUGAAGCAGAUGUGUUUGACAAAUUUAGAGAUGGUAACAGUCACUUCAAGGAAACCCUAAGUGAUGAUGUAACUGGUAUGCUAAGCCUGUAUGAAGCUACACAUUUGAAGAUCCAUGGACAAGAAGACAUCCUAGAUGAGGCUUUAGAUUUUGCAAAACCUCACCUUGAGUCCGUGACACCCCACUUACCCCUAGUUCUUGCAGAAGAGGUGAUGCAUGCUCUCAAGCAGCCAUGUCACAGGGGUAUACCCAGAAUAGAGGCAAGGCACUACAUCUCUGUCUAUGAAAAACAUGACUCCAGGGAUGAAAACAUACUAAGACUUGCCAAGUUAGAUUUCAACAGGCUGCAGCUAUUGCACAGGGAAGAGCUAUGCCACAUAUCAAGGUGGUGGAAAGACUUGGAUUUGGUAUCAGAAGUUUCUUAUGCAAGGAACCGAAUAGUAGAGUGUUUUUUGUGGUCUAUGUCGGCCUAUUUCGAGCCACAAUACGCCCUUGCUAGGAUGAUAUUAGCAAAGAUUAUAGCCAUGGUGACGAUUACAGAUGAUACAUACGAUGCAUAUGGCACUCGUAAAGAGCUCAAACUGUUUACAGCCGCGGUGCAAAGAUGGGAUGUGGCUGCCAUUGAUGGGCUCCCGGACUACAUGAAGGCACUAUACAGAGCUGUGCUAAAGUUCUACGAUGAGCUAGACAGAGAAAUAACCAAGCAAGGCAGAGCUCGUGUUGGUUGCUACGCAAAAGCAGCAUUCAAGCGUAUAGUGAGAGCUUACGACGUCGAAUCCGAGUGGCUGCAAGAAGGAUACGUACCGUCGUUUGAUGAGUAUUUGACGAAUGCGCUGGAAACCAGCAACUGUGUCCUUCAAACAUCAUCGUUCAUGGGCAUGGGAGAACUUGCCACCUCUGAGGCUUUCGAAUGGUUGCAGUGUAAACCUAAGAUGAUGACGGCUUCUGCCCUAAUUGGUCGUCUCAGAAACGACAUAACAAGCUAUAAGGAUGAAGAGAAGAGGAAGCAUGCAGCCACAGGGCUCAAAUGCUACAUGGAGCAGCAUGGCGUCACAGAACAAGAGGCACUUGGGGAAUUGCAUGGCAGGAUUGAGAGUGAAUGGAAGCAUAUUAAUGAAGAAAUGCUGAGACCAAAUGCCAUUUCAAGGCAUCUGCUCAUGAGAAUUCUUAACCUUACUCGGUUUCUGGAUGUGGUUUACAAGUAUGAUGAUGGGUUUACUCAUCCUGAAACAAACGAAGAACAGAACAUUAUCGGCAUUCAAGACUGGAACAUGCCGAUAAUGUUUUGGAACUAUCAUUUCAAGAUUUUGGAAAGCUUUGAUCACACGUUGACAACUUCCAGCUCUUUUAUCCUUUCUAGCUGUCUGGAUUCUAGUAGUUCAUGCAGCCUCCUUUCAAAUUCUAGGGGAGGUACUCCAGAGUCUUCCGGGUUAUCUGUUUCGGGAGGGUCAACUGCUUCUGCAAAACUGGCACUCUGGCUUAUUUCAGGAGCAGCAUCCUCAACUGUCACCUGA